CCACAAGUGACAGAAAACAACAGAGAGGCCACAGGAGCAGUUUGGUGCCUGAAGUGCUGCCAUGAGGAGAACAGACCGGCUGUAGGAGACGUGGGAACGGAUGCAAGUUUAUCUUCAGCUCUGACAGAAGGGCUGGACUCGUGGAGAAAGGGAAGCAGACGGCUGGAUAGACGGGCUUUAGUGGUGCACGUUUGAGGAGAUAAAAUACAUCAAUGAAGACACCUGGCAUGGCGGUGUUCAAGCAGCAGAAUGUGGAGGAUUUCUAUGACAUUGGAGAAGAACUGGGGAGUGGGCAGUUUGCGAUUGUCAAACGCUGCGUAGAGAAGAGCACAGGUGUGGAAUAUGCAGCAAAGUUUAUCAAGAAGCGCCAGAGUCGGGCCAGCAGACGUGGCGUAAGAAGAGAGGAGAUUGAGAGGGAAGUGGACAUCCUGCAGCAGCUCCAGCACAACAACAUAAUAUCCCUGCAUGACGUGUACGAGAACCGCACGGAUGUGGUGCUCAUCCUCGAACUGGUGUCUGGAGGAGAGCUAUUUGACUUCUUGGCUCAGAAGGAGUCUCUCAGUGAAGAGGAGGCCACUCGGUUUAUCAAGCAAAUCCUAGAUGGAGUCCAGUACCUCCACUCCAAGAGGAUUGCGCAUUUUGAUCUGAAGCCUGAAAACAUAAUGCUGCUGGACAGGAAUGUCCCUCUACCCCGCAUCAAACUCAUAGACUUUGGACUGGCACACAAAAUAGAAGCUGGGGCAGAUUUCAAAAACAUUUUUGGAACCCCUGAAUUUGUUGCUCCAGAGAUAGUCAACUAUGAGCAGCUGGGAUUGGAGGCAGACAUGUGGAGCAUCGGAGUCAUCACAUAUAUACUACUGAGCGGAGCGUCACCUUUCCUGGGCGACACGAAGCAGGAAACGCUUGGAAACAUCUCGGCGAUGGACUACGAGUUCGACGAAGAGCUCUUUAGCAAUACAAGCGAGCUGGCCAAGAGCUUCAUCAGACAGCUCCUGGUGAAGGACACGAGAAAACGGAUGACCAUACAAGACGCCCUCAACCAUCACUGGAUCAAGCCUCUGAAUCCCAGACAGGCCAUGGUGAAGAGGCUGUCAGUGGUCAAUUUGGAGAACUUUAAGCGGCAGUAUGUCAGACGCAGGUGGAAGCUGACAUUCAGGAUUGUGGCUCUGUGCAACCACUUAACGCGGAUCAUGAAGAAGGGCCACAAGUUGCCUGAGCAAAAUGAGAGGGACUGUGAAAGUGACCAAGAAGAAGAAAUCCUGACGAGGAGGCCAAGGACCAGAAAGAGAAGCAGCACUUCCUGAGAGCAGUAAGUGUGCUGGCCAACGAUGUUCCGGUUGCAAAACAGUGACUCUGCACCUUUGUAGGCGCACACUUUGCAGCUGAUACUGGCCAUAAAGAGUUCACUUACAGUAUCUGUUUGAGUGACUGCUGCAGCAUUUUCAUUGAUCAAGGCAACUUUGCAUGUCGAGCUGACCCACAAAACCAGCACGUCAUCCGCGGCCAUGUGUUAGAUAGCGUUGUGGCAUCAGAAGAUAUAACUGGAUUAUUGUUGACAGGAACUGAGGCCAGUGUUAGCACGUCCACAAGAAUACAGGCAGCUUCCUCUUAUAACUGCAGUCUUAAAUGUCCCUCAGCUGCUGUUUCACAUCCCAGUAUUGACAGAUUAUUGAGUUUUUAUUGUGCAGACUGUACAUGUGGAUUUACAAGAAGUGUAUUGUUUUCCAAAGCACUGACAAAAUAAGAUGGUAACAGGUCCUCAAAUGUUUAUAUGUUUUUCUGUCUGUGUAAACACACUGUUAACCAUUAACCUCAUCAACAGCAGAAUAAUUGGCCUGAAGCCUGUACAAAAUACUGAGCUGUUUACUUAUGUGCAAUGCAUUACAUCUGAAGCACACAUAAAGACAGUACAUUUAUACCUUAUAUAUAAAUAAAAUCAGUUUCCCAGAAGAGUUUUUUAAGGCAGUUAUUAGGUCUGCAUGAAUUUAUGGUGUAAACAUAAAUAUCAGCCAAAUGUCUUAAUUUCACUGUAACUUGUGUCUUAACUUGUUACAAAGAGCAAACACACAUGCGUUUUUUUUCGGUUCACUUGUGCAUAUUGUAUGUACUGUAAAAUGAAAAUUUUGUUUAAUAAAUUAAUGAAAUU